UCCUCCACGUCAAGGGUGUCUUUCAAAAUGGCUCCCUCGAGAAGUUGAGGCUCGGUACUGGAAAACAGGAAGUUUCCCUGGUUUUAUUACCUUGCUACUUACUUAUGAUGGAUUUGAUUUUAAAGCCAUGAGUAAUUAUGGAAACAGGUGAGGAUGUUUUGGCAUCUGAGGAAGGAACUCGCGGUGGACCGAGUAAUUGCGAAGGCGGUAUACGUGAAGUUGCACGUCGGCAGGAUCAUCGAACCAGUCGGAAGAAGAAGCUUUCAAGAAAGGUUUCCUUCCCUGAAGAUGCCUUUCUAGUCCGGGCUGUGGACCCAGUUGACCCGUGGGAAAAUGCUGGACAUCACAGCAGUAAAGAAGUAAUAGAUGCCUAUAGAAGUACAUGCAUCAGACUGAAGAUUAAACCUUGUGAAAAGCUCAUUAAACAGCUUGAGGCUUGUGAGAGUUUUGCAGACAGAAUAGAUGUAAUCGACUUGAGAGGUGUUAAACUUGACCCACGGAACUGUGAGGCUUUGGAGGAAGUGUUCAGAAGGGUGAGAACCAAGACAUUGGAUCUUGAAAACACAGGACUUGAGGAUGAUGGUGCUGUUUCACUGCUGGAAAUGAUUGAAUACUACAAAUCAACAUGCAACCUAAACAUGGCAUACAACAGCAAGAUAAAGAUCAGAGGAUGGCAAGCUGUUAGUAGAACUUUAAAAAAGACUCCCUGUUUACAAUACUUGGACAUACGUAACACAGUUUGGACAGAACAGGCUCUUCCUCUCUUGGGGCGCACCCUCAGGCUUGACUGCUGUCUCAGUGUGUUGCACAUGGAGGGUUGUAAUCUGUCAGGGAGACCACUGUUUCUGCUGGUCAGUGCAGUAAAGUUUAACCAGAAUCUCAAAGACUUGUUCCUGGGAGACAACAAACUAACAUCACCAGAUGGGCAGUCAUUAGGUGCUAUGUUGAAGGGUAAUGGAUAUCUUCAGUUGCUUGAUUUAAGAAAUAACCCUUUACAGGACAUGGGUAUUGGUUAUAUUUGUGAGGGUCUGGCUGAACAGCCUCAUGGUGGACUACAGACACUUGUGCUGUGGAAUACCCAACUAACCUGCCAUGGAGCAAUGUUCCUGGCUAAUGCUUUGGUAAGCACCAGCUCUCUUCAAACUCUUAAUCUCGGACACAAUCGAUUGACUAACGAGGGAAUGCACACAUUAAAGGAGGGUCUUUUGAGGAACCACUCUCUUGAAAGACUUGGACUGUUGAAUACAAGACUCUCUAGCGAAGGAAUAAUUGCACUUGCUGAAGUAGUCGCAGAAAGCAAGACUAUUCUAAGAGUGGACCUCCGUGACAAUGACCCAUAUGUUGGAGGGCUGAUGGCUCUUUCGUUGUCACUGAAAGUCAACAAGUCCCUUGUGCGGAUAGACCUGGACAAGGACCUGAAAAAAGAGCCGGGCAUGGAAACAACACAGAGGAUUAUUCUCGCUGACAUCUACAGCUAUUGCCAGCGAAACAAAGUUUUAGCCAAAGAACGAGAAGAAAGAGAGCUGGCUACUGAAAGCCAGACUGAGGAGGGAAGGAUCAGUGAAACAGACAGCAUUAUCCAUGAUGUCAAAGAACACGUAACAGAUGCGGUGUCUCACGUUGAAAACGAGAAUGCAUCUUGCUCGCCGAAGCUGAUUCAGUUGGAGAACCCUCCGGAUAUUGCACAAGAGCUUAAAGUUCUAACAUCGGACUAUCCUGGCCUGUCACGAUUCACAGUUACGGCUGUAUCAGAUGAGGAACAGCAGCCAAACCAAGACGGUACUUUUAGUGAUGAGGACUUUGUUCCCCUUGUGGAUUUAUCGAACGCGAAUUGUUCGUCAAACGAGCAAGAUAUAAGCGGUUGCGAUACGAGCGUGAACGAUGUGUUACGUGACAAGGUGUCAGGUGUUUCGCUGAGUGACACGGACGCCUCUAACAGCACAUUCAGUUCACUGUCGCAACCCACCGCAUCUCCAUUGAUUCCUGCUCUGGUUCAGAGUGAUGAGCGGACUUCAGCCUCUUCUCCUUUACCUGAAGGAAAUAAACCAGAGCUGGACUUGUUGAGCAGCGUGUCUGUCAAGGAAACAAAUCACAAUCCACAUCUCAACCAUGCAAUCAACAAUCAGGAUUUUUGGCCAGGCCAAAUGGACGGCUUGAUGAUAGGCUCAACAAAGUUGCCCACCCCUCCCUCCACAGUGUCUCCGAAUAACGACGGUGCCGUAGUGGACCUUCUUAGCUGAAGGAGAAAUUGAAUGCAUUUUUUACAGACAAGCAUUUUGAAGAUUUGUUGUCGUAGAGAUCAGCAUGGCUUAUUCGCUGCGGCGAUUUGACCUAAAGGCUGUAUCAUAGUAUUAAUUAUUGAGGGAUUAAAUGCUAUUAUUACCAACUCCUUAUGAACUUUACAAAUUCAGUUUAUUUUAUAGAUCGCUGCGCGAAAAGCUUUGAACCAUGCCACAUUUUGUUCGAAGCUCUUCAUAAGACAUAAUUUUGAUCUUACGGAAAAUUUUGCAGCGAGCGAGGUAAUUUGAAGAAUUCAAAAGUAAAUAGAGCCUGUCUUGGUAUGUAUUUGUCUUUAUGGUAAGCGAUUUCGUGACAUUUUGGUUUCUAAGAUAACUAGUCACGCAAACGUUUGCAAUGACAAUGACCUUAGCAGUGCUAGAUGAAAUAUUAAAGAACGUUUUGUUCAAUGUCAGUCACGAGCAACUGCGCCCCUACCCCUCCCCCCCUUCAACCCAACAACAGUCAGUUGGUAAUAAGUUGGAGUUCAUGUUGAGUUGGGGGGGGGAGUGGGGGUAAGUGCGCAGUUGCUUAGACAUUGACAUUGAUCCCAACUUUUUGUAUGUUUCCUGUUUUAUAUUCGAAGGAAAAAUUGAAAAAAAGGUAGACUUAAGUUUGAACUAGUUAUAGCUAAAAUGUCUUAUCAAAGGUAAAACCAUAACUAAAGAUGUCUUGAUCUUUUUCCGUCAAUGAUCUGUCUUUCUAUGAAUUCUUCCUUGUACCGUCUCGUUUACGUCUUCUUUUCCCCCUUCCCUUAAUGUUAUAUAGCAUGGUUAAUUGUCUGAAGCGAGCUCAGCUUAAGUGGUGUUAAAACGCAGUGUAGAUUUUUUUGUUGUAGUAUGAAAUUCUCCUUACUUGUCGUGAAAGAAGUGUAUGGUACGGCUAAGGAGAGUUCACAUCUUAAGCUAGAUGUUAGAACGAUUUCCUUAGAAAUGACAAAGAAUUUUAUGAAUUAUUGCAAAUAAUUAUUACUUUUUUUAGCCUUUAUUAAGAUUAUGUUAAAACCUUUACCGCAAUACAAACGGGAAUACUUCUUUGUUAUUAGGAACUCUGGACAUACACUUUAUUAUUAUUGACUCAUUAAUAGAUAAUCCGUCAUUUUACACGCUAAAAAAUGGAUCACGAAUCCAAAGAAAGCAUUUCUUGAAUCAUUUUUCCCAACGAAAAAUCUCGUCGACUUCCUUAGUGUAAUAAACGAGUGAAACCGUG